AUAUUAUUUCCCAAAAUUAUUUCCCGCCACAAAGGAUCAAAGUUCGCCGAAUGAAGCACAAGCACUCAUAAAUUCUCUCAAAUCUUUAUGCUCUUCUUCUACUACGGUUCUCCUCUGUGCUCUGCUCUGCUAUGCUAAGUCUUUCUUUCUCUCCUUCACUUCUUCUUGGAUCCUCCGUUUCUAGGGUUUUCAGGCUUCGAUAAAGGUUUCGAAAACCUAGGGUUUUGACCGAACGCUCUACCAAAAUAACUCCAAAUACGGAAUUGACAUUAGGUUUGAUUCGAUGAGUGCUGUGAACAUCACCAACGUCACCGUCUUGGGAAAUCCAUCAUCGUUUCUCACCCCUUUCCAGUUCGAAAUUUCAUACGAGUGCGUCACUCCUCUUAAAGAUGAUAUUGAAUGGAAACUCAUUUACGUGGGAUCUGCUGAGGAUGAAACAUAUGACCAACUUUUAGAAAGUGUACUUGUUGGGCCUGUCAAUGUUGGGAACUAUCGUUUUGUCUUCCAAGCAGACCCUCCAGAUCCUUCAAAGAUCCGCGAAGAAGACAUAAUCGGUGUGACAGUGCUCCUACUGACAUGUUCUUAUCUAGGUCAGGAAUUUGUCCGAGUGGGCUAUUACGUAAACAAUGAUUAUGAAGAUGAGCAGCUAAGAGAGGAACCUCCUCCUAAGGUGUUGAUCGAUAAGGUCCAAAGAAAUAUACUAUCUGACAAACCCAGAGUCACAAAGUUCCCCAUCAAUUUCCACCAGGAAAACAGUGAAAGUGGAGAACAAGCAGAUGGAAACAAAGAACUGCCUGCUCCACUUGAUAAUCCUUCAAAUGAAGGACUUUAGGUCCUCAGUCUUGUGAACGUCUCUAGAUUCCUGAUCUCUAUCUAUUAUAGGCAGAUAUAGCAAGAUUGCCCGCUUAGCUGAUCUAAUUGCUCAAAUGUUAGAUGAAACAACGCGUUCAACUUUUUAUUUUUAUUUAUUUAUUUUCAUUUUGUAGUAUUUAUUUUGAUCCAAUAUGUGCUUAGUCGCUUACCUUGCAUCAUUCCAAACUGGAUUAUGGAGUUCGUGAUUAUAUGAAAGUGACAAUUUUUUGUUUUGUUGGCUGUAUGCA